ACACAGUCGAGGUUAGCUUGGCAACGCAGUCGGAGGCAUAGUUGGCAUAACUAUUAGCUAUUGAAAUUCGUACCUCCGUCGGACAAUUUAUAUCUAAAAAACAUUGAAUGAAUAAGUGCACAAUGAGUUCAAAAGAAAACGUAACGCCUGGAACAAAAUCUCAAACGACAAAUGCCAAAGCUUACGGUAAAAUCGUUCUCACCCUUCAGAAUUGUCUCCUACCAGAGGAAAAACUCAAGUCUACCCCGUCACACUUGGACGGUCUUGACGCUGAAACCGAGACAGAUUUGAGAAUUCUGGGUUGUGAGCUCAUACAAACCGCCGGCAUUCUCUUGAAAUUACCUCAGGUGGCAAUGGCUACGGGCCAAGUGAUAUUCCAAAGAUUUUACUACAGCAAAUCUUUAGUGAGGCAUAACAUGGAGACAACAGCUAUGGGAUGCGUCUGUCUCGCCAGUAAAAUCGAGGAAGCACCACGAAGGAUACGAGAUGUGAUCAACGUUUUCAAUCACAUAAAACAGAUGUCCAGUCAAAAAUCUAUAACUCCAGUAAUCCUGGACCAGAACUACGUAGCUUUGAAGAAUCAAGUGAUUAAAGCAGAGCGUCGCGUUCUAAAGGAACUGGGCUUCUGCGUACACGUCAAGCAUCCCCACAAGAUAAUUGUUAUGUAUCUGCAGGUCCUCGGUUACGAGAAGAACCAGGAUCUCAUGCAGAAGUGCUGGAACUACAUGAACGAUUCUCUACGUUCUGAUGUAUUCCUUCGACAUCAUCCUGAAACGGUGGCGUGUGCUUGUGUCUAUCUUGGAGCUAGGCAGCUUAGGCUGCCCCUCCCAACGUCACCUCCUUGGUUUUCCCUGUUCAAAGUUGAUGAGACCUCCAUCAGGGACGUCUGCCGAAAAAUCCUGAGGCUUUAUACUCGCCCGAGAGUUCGGCCCGAGGAGCUCGAGAAGAAAGUCGAGGAGCUGAGGCGACAGUAUGAAGAGGCGAGAUCCAAGGCUAGGGGUACUGAGGCUGAUGGACAUACGCCCAGUCCUCCCUUACCCAAACAUCAUAACGCAUGGGGGGGAUUCAUCAGCCGAAGUGGAACUCAUGCAGUCCCUGAAAGAGCUAAAUCACCUAGGAAAUCCAAGUCAUCGGUGGUUACAUCAUCAUCUACAACACGAGAAGAAUCCAGUACAAAGCACUCGAAGAAGAAGAGGUAUUCUAGUCGCAGCCGAUCGAGAAGUAACAGCCGAGGAAGAUCCAGAAAACCAAAGAAGACCUCACGACGUACUUCUGGCAGUCGUAAAUACAGACGAAGAUCUCGCAGUUGAUUGCACGAACGAAUCAUGCUUUACGAUCAUUUAAUCUGUACAAGAGACUUUUUGGCUUUUUGCAAGUCUUCUCUUUUUUGUAAAUAAAUAUGAAUAUCCAUUUGUCUAAAAAAUAA